GCGCGUAUUAUUGUUGAGUUGGUUUUUAAGACAGUUAUUGAUUAUUGAUGAAUUUGGGGUUGUUUUUUAUCAUAACUGCCAUAAACUUGUCUCAGCAACUGUCAAAAUUGAGUGGUUGAAAACAUUCGUGCUUGGUGUGGUUAUUUUGUGUUAGUUUUAACAGAAAAUGGGCGACGAAAGCAAAAAUUCCUCAGAAGAACCCUCUCAGGUGAACCAGGACGAACUGAUCCUGGCCCAACAACGCCAGAUUGAAAAGGAGAUUUCUGAAAGUAUUCCUUUAGUUGGUGAAAUGGAACCAAUUUCUUCGUUAAAUAGCGAAUACGCUAACGAUGAAGUUUACUUAGAAAAAAUCAAAGAUCUGUCUUCCAAGUACAAGCACAUUCGUAGAACUAGGCCUGACGGGAACUGUUUUUUCCGUGCGUAUAGUUAUGCGGGUCUUGAGAGACUGUUAGACAAAAAAGACGAAUUUAACGCGUUUUAUAAGCAAGCUGAGGAGAGUAAAGACGCUCUAGUGCAGCUUGGCUUUCAGCAGUUUACUGUAGAAGAUUUUUACGAUAUUUACAUGGAAGUCCUCAAACGUGUAGGUGACCUAACCGACGUAGACGACGCCAAGAAAACUCUUCAUUUUUUAUUUAACGAGCAAGGUUAUUCCGAUUACAUGGUUGUUUAUUUAAGACUUUUAACAAGCGGACAGUUGCAAAAAGACCAGGAUUUCUACAGCUGUUUCAUUGAGGGUGACAGAACUGUUGCUGAUUUUUGUCACCAGGAAGUUGAACCAAUGUACAAAGAAAGUGACCACAUUCACAUAAUUGCUGCUUGUGCUGCCCUUAAUAUGGGGGUGCGUGUGGUUUACAUGGACAGGGGUAACAACAAGUCGGUCACAGAACACGAUUUUCCUGAAGGUUGCACACCUUUAGUACAUUUACUUUACCGUCCAGGGCAUUACGAUAUUUUGUAUCCUUAAUUUUCAACGUUUCAUUUAUAAUUUCUACAGUUCGAGGAAUAAAAGAGUUGUUGAUAAUUCAAA